ACGUGACGCGUUGCGUGCGCUCGGCGGCGGCGGCGGCGGCGGCGGCCGCUCGUCAGCUGAGUGGGCCGUCACAUGGCUGGUGGGCCGCCGCGUGCGCCGCGCUGCAAUAUUCAUACCGGCGUGGCCGCGGUGAGACGCGAGGCGGCGGCCGCGGGGGUGCGCUCCGGACGGCCGCGAAGAAUCGUGAUUCGGGAGAGACUUGAAGAACCGUGAUUCCCUGUGGACUCGUGAACACUCGUCUGGGCUCGUGACCGUUCGUGAGGAUUCGUGAUUCUGUUUCGUGAAUACCCGUGUGCCACUCUUUCAUUUUGGUCCACAACCGAUCCGGCCGUCUCAAGGACCACACCAUUCCGACGUGAAGGACACCAGUGACAAAAACUCGUCUCAAACCCACGACCGUGACUAACCGUGAUAUCCAACCCCACCGUUCCGCCACCGCCCUUCCGCGCGGAAUGUUCUGCGCCUACUCUCGCGCAACCCUACGGUAGCAGCGUCCGAGUGCUAUGCGCGCCGGGCGGCAUGGCGACUUCUGAGACGGGCUUCAUCGGAUCUCAGCCCUCGAUGGCCGAGUACAUGUGCUCCAUCAACCCGCUGCUGCAGGAGACGCUGCCGGAGAUGACGCCGCUGGGGGCGCCGGCCGGCUUCCUCGACGACAUGGGCGCCGGCAUGCAGGACGUCACCGAGUAUCCCUGGAUGAAGGAGAAGAAGCCGCAGAAGAAGGCGCAGCCAGCUGCCGUGCAAGAGAACGGACUGCCGCGCCGCCUGCGCACUGCCUACACCAACAACCAGCUGCUCGAGCUCGAGAAGGAGUUCCACUUCAACAAGUACCUGUGUCGGCCGCGCCGGAUCGAGAUCGCCGCCAGCCUCGACCUCACCGAGCGGCAGGUGAAGGUCUGGUUCCAGAACCGGCGCAUGAAGCACAAGCGGCAGACGCUGACGAAGAACGGUGACUCGGAGGAGGAGCGAGCCCUGCAGAAGGUGGAGAAGCAGCGGUGCGAGGAGGAGUGCGGCGUCAACGGCUUCUGCCGAGCCCCCGACCUGCCGCCCGACUACCAGAAGCGCCUCAUCGAGAAGACCGAGGAGAUGAAGAGCGAGAGGAACAACAACAACAGCAGCACCGAGGACACUCAGCAGGCCAGUCCGGAGGCGGUGACGCCUGCAGCGACGGCGGCGGCGGCGGCGGCGGAGGCGGCAGCCAGUCCAGCGGAGGACACAGUGUCCGGCUCGGAGAGUCGUCGCGACUCACCGAGACCAGGCCCCGAGAGUCCGGCGGGCUUCUCGCCCACGUCUCUGCAAGGAGCCGGCUCGCCCGAAACCAUGGCCUCGCCUCCGGCAGAUAUGGUGUCCGCGGGACCCGCUCCGAACCCCACUGCCUCGGCCAGCGCCGCCGGUGGUCCAGUGGGUCAGGUCGCCGGUCCGAUGGGUCACAUCAGCGGUCCCGUGGGUCCCGUUGGUCCUGUCGGACCGGUCGGACCUGUGGCGGUCGCCGCUGGUCAGUUCGCCGGGGCUGUCUCUCCACCUGCGGCUGCUCCCGCCGCCCAGGUAUCGCCCGGAGUCCCGCCAGUCCCGCCGCAAGUGCCACCGCCAGCCGCGGCGUAUGUGGCGCAGCCGGCGCGAGCGGCGCGCCACCCGCAGACGUAUGCGGCGCACCAGCAGCAGUACCAGAGACCGGACCAGGCGGCGGUCUACUACCAGCAGUACGGUGGGUUCCCCGCCGGGGGCGGGCGGCCAGGGCCGAGCGGCUACCCGACCCAGGGGUACCCGACGACCGCCCGAGGCCCGCGACCCGCCGCCGCCGCCGCCGCCGCAGGACAGUACCCGUACCAGCGCGGCUACAGUGAUGGAUACGGCGACCAGUACGCCGGGUACGGCCGGCCGUGCCCCGGCUACGACCAAUCCGGCGGGCAGUACAUGCAGUACGGCGAGUACACCGGGUACCAGAACGGCUACGCCGUGCACGCCACGGCCGCUCAGCAGCAGCAGGGCUACGUCCAGUACGCUGCCAACAGCUACGGACCGCAGUACGCCGCCGUGGCCAAAUCGACCGGCUACGUCACGACCGGGCACAAAAUGUGUCCAGUGGAGUACGCGGCGCCCGUGCCUCCGAAGGCGGCGAUGGACUAUAAGACGCAGGGCACGCCAGAGGAGGUACAGAAAAUCGCCGAGUUCACCGCCAAGGGUGACCCAAAGCACGCCGCUUUCUACGGCCAGUACGGCGAGCACGGCGGCGGCUACGGCGAGUACGCCGCGGGGUCGGGAUCUCAGGCGAGCGCCGAGUACGGCUACUUCGACAGCAGCGGCGACAGCACCGCCACCGACUUCAACUUCUUGUCGAAACUGAUGACGGACGAUUCGUCGCACUACUUCCCAACGAUCUGCAAGGAGUAGCGACUGCCGCUGUGUGGGCUGUUGUAUGCUGUAGUGGCGGCAGCGUCAGCUGCGACGCUGACGACGAUGGUGGAAGCUUCUGGCUAACAGGGUCACUGUGUGGUAGGCAGUCUGAUGCGUGAUGCUGGGACCUCCCGUUCUUGGGACGAGGUCCUGCAAGAGACGGUGCUAGGCUGGCGAUAGCCGCGUGGCAAAGGUGCGAUACAAAGUGUGGGCUUUACUGAAGGGCGCUCUGAGAAGCAGGCAGUAUUAUUCGGUGACGUAGACAGUGAUUGAGACAGCUGGACUGGGGAGUCGGACGUCGAGUGGGGGCCGCGGAUUCCCUGGAAGUUGGAGGCGGCACUCGUGACUUGGGUUCUCCGCGGAGCUGUGUUAGAUUGUUUCUUAUGCUGUCGUCAUGUCUGAGUGAGGGUCGAGUUGAACUUGAUCCAUAAUGACCGUGAUCAGAACGUUGGCACCAUUGUCAGAGGCGCACUAUCUCGCUGUUUGUUUUAUAUUUAACUGGUAUUUUCAAUGUGUAACUUCUUCAUGCUUUUUGAACGCGCUUCUAAUUCAGUUUGUUGUACUUCUUAUUUUGUUACUGCUCGUAUUUAAGGACUCGCUGAUCUUAUUCUGCGUUGCGUGUAAUACUCUCUGGCAAUUCCUAGCUAACCAGCAACACUUGGCUAUCCGCGCGACCUGCGCCACUGACCCCACGACUCACGCCUUGCCGCGGACUGACUGCGCCGCGUUCGGCGCCCCAGGCAUAUUCGCGACGCACGGCUCGCCCAAGGCGACCCUGGCGGUCACACAGACUAGAAUAGCGCCGGCCGGGCGGCGGCGAGCGAAUGCCCUAACUAGAGACGUUUGGAUGUUAUCGUUGCAGGGUGCACGGGACGCGUGAUCGGCGCGCAGUGAGCGCUCGCUCGGGGCAAUAGGCAACCUGAUUGUUGUGUCGUUUGUGGCUGGUCAUGUGGCAAUGCGUGAAAUAAAACAUCGGUGAACA